AUGUCGAACCUUCCCUCUGAGCCUGAGUUCGAGCAAGCCUAUAAAGAGCUCGCUUCAACCCUCGAAAACUCGACUCUGUUCCAGAAGUACCCCGAAUACCGCAAGGCCCUGCAGGUGGCCGCCAUCCCGGAGCGGGUCGUUCAAUUCCGCGUCGUCUGGGAGGAUGACAAGGGCCAGCUGCAAGUCAACCGCGGCUACCGCGUCCAGUUCAACUCGGCCCUGGGCCCGUACAAGGGUGGGCUGCGCUUCCAUCCGACUGUCAACUUGUCUAUUUUGAAAUUCCUCGGUUUUGAACAGAUCUUCAAAAAUGCCCUGACUGGACUCAACAUGGGCGGUGGCAAGGGCGGCGCAGACUUCGACCCCAAGGGCAAGUCUGACAAUGAGAUUCGCAAGUUUUGCGUCGCCUUCAUGACCGAGCUGGCCAGGCACAUUGGUGCCGACACUGACGUGCCGGCCGGCGACAUUGGGGUCUCAGGGCGCGAAAUCGGCUACCUGUUUGGCCAGUACAAGAAGAUUCGCAACCAGUGGGAGGGUGUCCUCACCGGCAAGGGCAGCAGCUGGGGUGGCAGCUUGAUUCGUCCUGAAGCCACCGGAUACGGUCUUGUCUAUUACGUCCAGCACAUGAUCAAGUACGCCACCGGCGGUAAGGAGUCCUUCGCUGGAAAGCGCGUGGCCAUCUCCGGCUCUGGCAACGUCGCCCAGUACGCGGCACUGAAGGUCAUCGAGCUGGGCGGCACGGUGGUGUCACUGUCCGACAGCCAGGGAGCCCUCAUCGUCCCCCCAGGCAGCAACGAGGGCUUCACGCCUGCUGAAAUCCAGCAGAUCGCCCAGCUCAAGGUCGAGCGCAAGCAGCUGAGUUCGCUCGCCAGCACAGACGCCUUCAAGCGCAAGUUCCAGUACAUCGCGGGGGCGCGUCCCUGGGUACAUGUCGGCGAAGUUGACGUGGCGCUGCCCUGCGCGACGCAGAACGAGGUGUCAGGCGACGAGGCGCGGGCGCUGAUCGCCGCAGGCACCAAGUUCAUCGCCGAGGGCUCCAACAUGGGGUCGACGCAGGAAGCCAUCGACGUGUUCGAGGCGCACCGCGAGAGCAACAAGGGCAGCGCAGCCAUCUGGUACGCUCCAGGCAAGGCCGCCAACCUGGGCGGCGUCGCCGUCUCAGGGCUCGAGAUGGCGCAGAACUCGGCGCGUCUGAGCUGGACGGCGGAGGAAGUCGACCGCCGCCUGCAGGAGAUCAUGGAGUCGUCGUUCCGCAACGGCCUGGAGACGGCCAAGGAAUAUGUCCCGACCCCGGAGGGCGUCCUGCCUUCGCUGGUGGCGGGGAGCAACAUUGCGGGUUUCAUGAAGGUUGCUGCUGCGAUGAAGGAUCAGGGGGACUGGUGGUGA